GAAGCAUGGUGCUGGCAUCUGCUAGGCUUUUAGGGAAGUCUCAGGAAGCUUCCAAUCAUGGUGGAAAGUGAAGGAGGAGCAGGCAUCUCACAUGAUGAAAGUAGGAGCAAAUGAGGGAGACUGAGCAGAAGUGGGGGAGGUGCCACAGACUUUUAAAUGACUAGAUCUGUGAAUUCAAAGGGAGAGCUUACGCAUCACCAAGGGGAUAGCCCAAGCCAUUCAUGAACGAUCUGCUCCUAGAUCCAAACACCUUCCACCAGGCCCUACCUCUAACACUGGGUACUACAUUUCAACAUGAGAUUUAGGCAGGGACAAAUAUCCAAACUAUAUCCCCACGUUUCAGAAUUUUCUAAUAAAGAAAUAAAUGUUCUUUGCUUGGCUCUAAAGUUAGCGGGAAUAAAACUGAACAUUUUCUUAUAAAUAUUGCAAAAGUAUGCACCCACAUACCAAAUGCCUCUUGCUAAACUAUUUAAGACUAUUAGAUUCAAAAUAGGUGUAGGAUACAUUCGAAAAGUAAAGUGAAAACAUUUUAAAAUUGUCUAAUGAAGGAUGAGGGCAUGCUUUACUGAGACAAGAGAGGAGGACUGAGGCAUAGAUUUCCGGAGAAUGGAGCCAGAGAUGAAGAGCUAGAAGCAACUAAUGAGGCUUCAGAAGUCGUUCCACAGGGCCUGGCACAGUAGCUCAUGCCUGUAAUCCCAGCACUUUUGGAGGCCAAGGCGAGUGGAUCGCCUGAGGUGAGGAGUUCCAGACCAGCCUGGCCAACAUGGCGAAACCCCAUCUGCACUAAAAAUACAAAAAUUAGCUGAGCGUGGUGGUAUGCGCCUGUAGUCCCAGCUACUUGGGGAGGAUGAGGCAGGAGAAUUGCUUGAACCUGGGAGGCAGAGGUUGCAGUGAGCUGAGAUUGUGCCACUGCACUUCAGCCUGGGUGACAGAGCAAGACUCUGUCUCAAAAAAUAAAUAAAAUUAAAUAAAAUUUAAAAAGAAGUCAUUCCACGAAGGUGGCAGCAGAAAGAAGAGCAAGAGUUAGCUCUGAAGAUGGAACACAGGGAUUGGGUGAAUCUAGAGAAACGUUCCAUGAUGUUUUACUAUCGGGUUCUUCUUACAUAGGUCAUCAGUUUUUCUUUUUCUCCAUUGCAUCAUUUCUAGCUGCUUAUGAAAGUGUUAUGAUUUCUUACAUUAAAAAAUCCUUCUUCUGGCCAAUUUUUCUGCUACAAUUGUCAUGUCCAUUUCUCAGUCCCCUCUUACCCCAAAGUCUAAGGAAGAAUGGUCUAUCCCCUAAGCAUUUACCCCACCACACCAUCAUAUUUGUUCCUUUCACUCAUAUUGACAAAUCCAACAGUCAUUUCUCAGACCUCACCUUGCUAAACCUACUAGCACCAUUUGACACAGUAGAUGACUCGCCUUCCUUCUUAGUACACUUUCUUUACUUAGUUUCGGAUACAUAGCAUUUGCCUGUUUUACCUCCAACCUCUCUGGUUUUAUUUCACAGUUUCUUAACUUGUUCUUCCUCUGUCUCCCUCAACACUUUAUUUUCUAACCAUAUCCACUUAGAAAGAGGUAUCAUCGAGUGGCGACAGUGGCGGCGAGAGGAUGAACAACAAGUUCGACGCUUUGAAAGAUGAUGACAGUGGGGACCAUGAUCAGAAUGAAGAAAACAGCACACAGAAAGAUGGUGAGAAGGAAAAAACGGAACGAGACAAGAAUCAGACCAGUAGCAAGAGAAAGGCUGUUGUCCCUGGACCGGCAGAGCAUCCCCUGCAGUACAACUACACUUUUUGGUACUCCAGGAGAACCCCCGGCCGUCCCACGAGCUCACAGAGCUAUGAACAGAAUAUCAAACAGAUUGGCACCUUUGCCUCUGUGGAGCAGUUCUGGAGGUUUUAUAGCCACAUGGUACGUCCCGGGGACCUGACAGGCCACAGUGACUUCCAUCUCUUCAAAGAAGGAAUUAAACCCAUGUGGGAGGAUGAUGCAAAUAAAAAUGGUGGCAAGUGGAUUAUUCGGCUGCGGAAGGGCUUGGCCUCCCGUUGCUGGGAGAAUCUCAUUUUGGCCAUGCUGGGGGAACAGUUCAUGGUUGGGGAGGAGAUCUGUGGGGCUGUGGUGUCUGUCCGCUUUCAGGAGGACAUUAUUUCAAUAUGGAAUAAGACUGCCAGUGACCAAGCAACCACAGCCCGAAUCCGGGACACACUUCGACGAGUGCUUAACCUACCUCCCAACACCAUUAUGGAAUACAAAACUCACACCGACAGCAUCAAAAUGCCAGGCAGGCUGGGCCCCCAAAGGCUCCUUUUUCAAAACCUCUGGAAGCCGCGGUUGAAUGUGCCAUGACCCUCUCCCUCUCUGGAUGGCACCAUCAUUGAAGCUGGCGUCAUCGGAGUCUCUUGUUCUGUUGGCGUGCUACCUGGAAGAUCCUUCUGUCCUGGACAAGAGGAAUUGGAAGAGCAUUUUAUGUUUUAAGAACAGGCUGACACGCAGCAGCUACAACAACAGCUAAGAUCACUUAAUAAAUGGUGCUAAACUAAAAAAAAAAAAAAAAAAAAAAAAAA